ACCUGCAGCGGCCUCCUCCCGUUGUUCGCUUGCUUGCUUGCUUUUACUCCUUGUUUCCUGAUUGGUGGUUCGCGCGGAUUGGUGUUGGCCCUUUUUUUGCUUGCCCUCCUCGGGUUUGAUGCGGACGGUUUCUAUUUUUGGGCGGCGGGUGUGGGGGUUUCGGAUAAGGCGUCGUCCGAAUUCUCCGGAAUUGGGGACUGGGCAAAUGAGGGGGUGGUGCGGGGAUCUUUCAGGGAUGGAGUUUGUUUCGCCGGUUGAAUCGGGCGGAGAUGGCUGCCGUACGUUGAUCGUAGCAGCAGCUGGUCGGGGGUGUGAUUCUUGUAGCAGGAAUGGGGCUCUCUGAUUUGUGCAGCGUUUCCGGGCGAGCUGAGGCUACUAGUACUUGUUUCACUGCUCGAGUAGAGGAGGAAAUUCUUGUGUUCUUAUUAGCUGAGUUGCACUGAAAUUCGAGUACUGUUGGGAGCAGGACUCGCGAGCUUGUGUUCUGCGAAGGAUUCAGAGCGUGGUACAGUUUUUGCAUCUCAUCUCCAAUCGAGUCCAGAUCGAUGGAUACCCUGUUUUGCACUGACAGGCCGAUCUAUCGACGACCCAGCCUGCUUCCAUUCUCUUGAUUGACCUUUGUUGUUCGUCUCUGUUUGACUUUUCCAUGACUUGCCUUCCUGAAUGUACUGAAAGAAACAGCGAGGACCUGGACCACGGAGCAAGGCAGCGAGCGGGCAUGGAGUCGCGGCCGGGCGGAGCGAACCUGGUGGAGCCCAGAGGGCAGGCCGCCACUUUGCCGUCUGGCGGCACGGCGAUGCAGCCGUGGUGGACGGGCUCUGGGGCCGGGCUCGGAGCGGUGUCCCCAGCCGUCGUGGCACCGGGGAGCGGCGCAGGGAUUAGCCUGUCGUGCAACCCGGCGACCAAAGGCGCCGCGGCCCACACGGGUGACGAUGCGAGAGGCGAGAGUAGCGGGGAGUCACGGAGAUCAGGGGAAUCAAAAGAUGGAAGUGUUGGUCAAGAAAACAACCAUGCCACAUCACAUAUGCCUGCUUUGGUGUCAGAGUAUUUAGCACCAUAUACACAGCUGGAACUGAACCAAUCAAUUGCUCCUGCAACAUAUCAGUACCCAGAUCCUUACUAUGCAGGCAUGGUUGGUCCCUAUGGAACUCAACCUGUGACCCAUUUCCAGCUACCUGGAUUAACUCACCCUCGCAUGCCAUUACCUCUUGAAAUAUCCGAGGAGCCUGUCUAUGUAAAUGCUAAGCAAUAUCAUGGGAUUUUAAGACGAAGGCAGUCACGUGCCAAGGCUGAGCUUGAGAAAAAGGUGGUUAAAGCCAGGAAGCCUUAUCUUCACGAAUCUCGCCAUCAACAUGCAUUGAGGAGGGCAAGAGGAAACGGCGGACGCUUCCUAAACACAAAGAAAAGUGACAAUGGUGCUUCCAACGGUAAAUCUGAACCUAAGAGAGGAGAGCAAAACUCCGAGCAUAUCCAUGUACCUCCUGACUUACAGCUACGACAGAGGGAGGCAUGAAGUAGUGGUCUGGCAACCUAAGACAGUAGCUUCUGUCCACAGGCAAACGCACUUGAGAUUGGAUUGAGAGCUCCAGCACUGCGCUGCCAUCUUUGCAAUUCCUCUUCUUUGUGCAAAGAGGUCCAAGGUUGGUUCACCGGAAUGAGCUUGGUACAGGUUGUUGGUCCUGGCAGAAUGCAAUCUGGGUGCAGGAGUCCGUCGAAGUGUUCAAUGCCAUGGGUAGGUCUGCUGUUUUCAGGCAAUUCAUUCUUGGCUUUCACAUUCCACCCUUGUUUGUACCUGGUGUGUGUUGUAAGUGAAACUAACUUGUGUUCUGUCGUCGGCGUCCUGAUGUAUAAUUAAGAUCAACUUCGGAUUAUUUUCUGUAAUUCUGUGUCUGGUUCUCUCUUAGUUUGAACAAGGCCAAAGUUGAACUCGUCAUACAGAGAUAACAGCUCAUGUUGACCCGUUCGGUGUCAGCCACGUCAGUGUUGUACUGAAUCCUGUGCAAAGGCAGAAGCUUUGUUUCGAUCU